GAAGACUUUUCUUUUUUACUGCCGGACGCUUGGGUCUCCUGUGGCACGUCCUUGUCCAUAUUUUUGCUGUAGAACAGAGAAUGUUCCUCUGAAAGUUUAUCACACUGGUUUAUUAUUAGUUUCUUUCAUUUAGCCGUACUGCGGUGAUCUGGACUAACUAUUUGGAAGGCAGAAAGUUGAAAAAUAGCUGAACUAACUAGCACUUAACAUCAAGCUCGCGCUACAAAGAUGGUAUGAUAUAAACGCCGAACAGAUGCUGACAGCUGACAUAAUGAAGCCACUAAAUUUGUUUGGGCUUGUCUUUUUUCUGCCUUUUGGCUGUGCAUCCGGUUUCUUUAAUAGCUGUGCAAAAAUAAUUCCAGACUCAGCGAGAUAUAUUCCAGUGGAACUGGGGAAGGAAUUUACAGCAGUCUGUACUCUCAGUGAAGCUUCAGUAUACAGCGCUGAUGACAUUAAAUGGUUCAUGGGAAAUAUUGCUCUUCCACGGCAGUCUUAUACAAACCUAAACAAAUCAUCUAAUCUUACUCUGAUUCUCACCAGUGACAUGAAGAACCCUUUAAAGUGUAACGCUAGUAAACAGGAGCCUUCAUAUGAAGUGCCAUGUGAGUAUGGCAUCUUCCUUGAUAAAGGAUAUCCUCCAUUAAAACCAAAUAAUCUGACUUGUAUUGCACUUCAGAAUGGGAAAAAUAUUUCACCUGAACUGACAUGUUCAUGGGAUCCAGGAAAAAGAGACCCAAUUAUUAGGACCAACUAUACUCUUUCUAUAUGGAUUAUGAAUUCCGAAAUGUCUGUUAGUUCCAAAUAUCCAGUGCAGAACCUCACCAUCAAGUUUCAGACUUUCCCCAAUCACGUGGUGUUACGGGUCAGGGUAAAAGCAGAGAACGAUCUGGGGACUGAGUUUUCAGAAUUGUUUAAUGAUUCUGAAACUUUUGCAAAGCCAAAUCCACCUGCACAUGUAAGGAUUAUCCCAGAGGAUGGUUUCCCCAAAUCUUUAAUGGUGAACUGGACACAUCCGAUUCAUGAAACAAUUUUCAAGCUCAAAUACCACAUCAGAUAUUGCCAAGCAGGUUGCAGUGUUUGGCAAGAGAUACCACAGAAUUUAACCAAAGCUUACAUCGAGUCCUUCAGACUGCAGAAUCUUCAGCCUUACACAGAUUAUGUGGUACAGAUGCGCUGCAUUCAGCAGGAAAAUGAGGGCUACUGGAGUGACUGGAGUCCAAAUGCAACAGCUCGUACCCCAGAAGCCUCUCCUGAAACCAGACCCAUCCUUUGGAGAGUCUAUGCAGAUGGCUCCGAUAACACUGACGUUAAGCUGAUUUGGAAGGAUCCUCAAAAGUCCAACGGCAAAAUAUUGGGGUACAAUCUUACUGUCGAUGUAGACGGACAUCCUGAGAGCCUUGUUGUCACUUCCAAAGAGUAUAAUAUCACAAUAAAGGGAGAAGAGGCUUUAAUCAAACUUACUGCGUAUAAUUCAGCAGGAGUUUCACCUGCAGCUACACUGAUGAUCCCAAGACGUGGAAUAAAGCUGUACCCUGGAGUGGAACAAGUGAAUUGCUCAGUGCACGGUGACCAGCUGUGGGUGAACUGGCUACCACUUGCCAAAAUUCCCUAUGGUUAUGUGAUAGAAUGGGUUUCAGUGCCUAAUAAAGAGAUCGGCUGGACAACAGUGGUGGGCAGUGCCAAUAAUGUCUCCUUUAAUGAGUUGAAGCCAUUCAAGCGCUACAACAUAUCAGUCUUCCCACUUUAUCGAGUUAGAGGCUCCAGCUACAUCCAUCCAGGGACACAAGUCAUGGUACAAGCCUAUCUCCAACAAGGACCUCCUCUGAAAGGUCCCAUUGUUAAUGUGACUGCAACAGGAAAAACCAGUGCUCAACUGAACUGGAAGGAAAUUCCUAUUGAUGAUCAGCGGGGCUUUCUCAUUAAUUAUACAAUAUUCUACAAAACAGGAAAGAGUGAGAAAUAUUUUGUGGUUCCAUCCAACACGUAUUCAUACAAGCUGACUGGACUGGCUAGUGAUAGUCAUUAUGUUGUACACAUCUUGGUGUCUAACCAGAAAGGCUCUGUGAAAGGAUCUGAUUCCAGUUUCUACACAAAAAAGUAUGACAACGGUGAAAUCGACCUGAUUGUCGUGGGGGUGUGCUUGGGCUUCCUGUUCUUGUUGCUUUUCAUAAUGUACAUCUUUAUCAAGAAAAGAGAAUUGAUAAAGAGGCACUUUUGGCCGCAGGUCCCAGACCCAUCCCACAGCACUAUUGCUAACUGGUCACCUGACUGUCCCAACAAGCCGGACACGCCAAAAGAAAGCAUCCUGGCAGAGGUGAGUGUGGUGGAAGUGGACAUGGACGACAGAAAGUCCUUUUGCGAUGAGGAUAAGGCCGUGAUGCCACUCAAGAAGUACUUUUCGGAGGAGCGCAGCAGCGGGAUCGGUGGCUCAUCGGGCAUGUCCACUCCCCGGCAGAGCGUGUCCUCCAAUGACGAGGCUGACUCGGGCCAAACCACAGCCAGCACUGUGCAGUACUCUGCUGUAGUGAGCAGCGGCUAUAAAGGCCAGACUCCCGGCACUCAGCCAGCCAUGUUCUCUCGUUCCGAAUCGACCCAGCCGCUACUGGAAUGUGAGGAAAACCCGGACAACCUGUCCGAGGCCGGCGGCCAACUAACAAACUCCUACUUCAAGCGUCGUAGAGGCCUCGAGCAGCUGCACAUGGACGAGAGCGAGGAGCCUAGCUUUGGCUCUCUAAGCUUUAGUCCAAUGGAGGAGGAGGACUCGCCCACUCUGACUGAGGAUCCUCCAGGUCCUGCCUCCAGUUACAUGCCGCAGCAGAGUGGCUAUCGGCCACAGUGACUGGGCAAAGACACUAUUAAUGUUAGCGCAAUCCUGUGCCUUCUUCUGGUGACCUGAUUUUCAUUGCCCAUUUAGGUUUCACACUAAUUGCUGCUAAAUUUAUCAAACUGGUUCUCUCAUGGCUGUUUUGCUUUUCAGAUAAAAUGAUAUUGUUGCCAUGUUUAAUAUCAGCUUAAUAUGUACUCACAAUCAUAGUUUAAUUUUGUAUUUUGACAUUUUUUUAUUUAGUAAUUGAAGGGAAGCUUUUAUGUUACAUGUGCUAUGGGUUUAAAGCAUAUACUGCACCCUCCAGAAUCAUUGGCUUUGUCUUUAACAUUAAGUGGUCAGUAACUCCAACUUACAGAGACAGUGUAUAAUUUUUACCUUUUUCCAAAGAAAAGGGUAGCAUCUUUUUUUUUUUUUUUUUUACAAAAUGUUGCCUUAUACUGAAGAACUGCACUAAAUCUCCUCUUGUAAUAGUUACACAUGUAGAUGCUUUUGCAAAACAUUCACUUAGUUUCUUUUUUCAGGGCAAAGUCUGUUUGAUUCAUCAACAUAUAUCGAAAGCUCUAUCUAUGGCCAUGUCUUAACCUCCUGGCAGAGGCAACCAGGUAUUGGCCUGAAAUAUGCUUUACUUUAUCAAGUCAUCAUUCACAGCAGCCCCUUAAUCACUAGCCACAAAACGGCCUGAACGCUCCAGUGUUCCACCUUCGCAUUUCUCAGCCGGUGCAGCUUAACAUGCUGAUAAUGUGCAUAAGCAAAACACUUUGAUUUCCUACAGCACAUGAUGCCAGUUGUGGUUUUAGUGAUGUUUAGUGAUGCUGAGGUGCUGCAUUUUGUGGGAUUCUCUCAGGAGGUGCUUUGUUCAUAUGCAACACAUUGUUUUGUUUUACAAGAAUCAGCUCGACUGUUCCAAUUCUGAAAGAUGUUUGGGCUCCAAUUCAUUUUGUGGUGAAAUCAUUUCCUGGUGGAUUUUUUUAUGGUCCACUUCCUGUGUUAGUUCCUGUUGUUUCAGACAUUAUGUCCAAACAAUGCUCAAUGAUUUUUAUAAUAAUGUAGCAACCAUUUGCAAUAACAUUUUUUUUAAGUUCAUUGUUUUUUCCAUGGUAAUGCACAGUGAAGAGGUUUUACAAACGUAAUUGACUGUCAUUUAUUUUAAAUAUUUUUUCAGGGUAGGUAAUAUGUGGUGAGUAAUGAGGGCGGUGGUGGCUCAAGUGGUUAAUGGUUCUGGGUUGUUGAGCAGAAGAUCAAGGUUCAAGCCCCAGCACUGCCAAGCUGCCACCGUUGGGCCCUUGAGCAAGGCCCUUAACCCCCAUGCUCCAGGGGCACUGUAUCAUGGCUGACCCUGCGCUCUGACCCCAACCUCCAAGGAUGGGAUAUGCAAAGAAAGAAUUUCACUGUGCCGUAAUGUAUAGGUGACAAAUAAAGACAGUUUAACUUAUGUUAAUAAUGUUAGAAAAUAUACAAGAAAAUUGUUUAAAAAUUAUAUUUUAAAAUGCUUUAAUGACCAUGGUAAUUUUUUUUUUUUUUUUUUUUUACAUUAGAACAAAUUUGAAAUUGUUUCUCAUAGUAUUUCAAUUGUGAAAUUGACAUUUUUGUGUAUUCUAUAUAUUUUUUGCAAUUUUUUUAUAUGGAGAGCUAUAUGCCUUUAAUUCUGGAGGGCACCGCAUAAGGCCAUGGCUGAGCCGUUCAAUUCUUAAUCAUUUCAUUGUAAAUAUUUACUCUGAAAGAGUAAGGUGAUUACAUUCGUUUAGAGAAAGAAGGCUUUGUGUUCAGUCUGUAGUGUUCACACAGUUACUGAUUAACCUUUAUUUGGUUUAAAGGUCUUAUUUUUUCUUGAAUGUAGUGAAGCUUUUUUUAAUUAUUAUUAUGAUAACGUGCAGAAAGUCCAUGGGAGCAAGUGCUUUUUAAAAAAGUUUUCUAUAGCUUCUUUGUGUUCUUACUCCAGCUUUGAUUUGCCUGAGUUGGCUGUUUUAGAGCAUUUACCAUCCAUUUUUUAGACUGAGGUUGACUUUCAGUCUAACGCUUUACAUUUUCGUCUGUAGAAUUCAGAAGUCCUGGUGCCCAGAGGGCUUUUUAAGCCAAGUGAUAACUCUGAAGAAUCUAGAAAAAAUAUGUAUUCCUCAAGUAUUAUUGCACUUUUUUGCUUACCUGCCUUGGAGCUUCAGCCAAUUUCUUCAGGAUGUCAGUAUGUAUACAAGAAAAAAAAACUUCAACACUACAUUUGUUCGGAUUUUAGAGCACAGGAGACCUGUUUAAUGCAUGUUUUUUCACAUAUCCAUUUUCAUUAUCUUGUGAAAAGUCAUCACUGACUACACUUUCUAGUAACCAUAUGAGAAAUAAAGAUUCAUUUAUCAAAAUCA